AAAGGAGAAUCGCUGUGGUAGGAAUUAUCCAACCAAGAAUGAUUCUAUCAAGAAGUUAUUUGGGAAGAGUGAGGACAGAAGAGGGAAGGUUGUACUGGAGUCCACGAUGAUGAAAAAGGGCCAUCUGAAAAUCAAGACGAAUUCUCAAGCCCAAGAAUCUGAGUGCGAUGAUGAUGAUAUACCUUCGCCUAAAGAAAUAAAUAUUUGUGUUAGUAGGCAGAAAAUCAGCAUGAAAGAUUGGGUAAAGGAUCUAGAUUUGGAUGAUGAUAAGGCCGUGAGUGACAGCGAAAGUGUAGAAGGUUGCCAUGCUAAAUGCUUUGGCUUGUUCAGAAGAGAUAAGGGUAUAGAAGGAAAGAUUGUACCAAAGUCAGAAAAUUAUCUGAAAAUUACUGCAAAGCCUGAGCCCCGAAAGUUGAAUGUCGGUGAACGUUUGAUCAAAGAACCAACCAUGUCAUGUGAUAAUGAUGGGCAAAUCGAGACAACACUAGUGGAGGAGCUGCAUACCUUAAUACCCAAUGAGGAAUCACCAGUAACAGCAACAAUUUGGAAAAAUCAAAGCAAAGUUGAUAAAAUUGAGAAUGAUCAGGAAACAGUAAAAAAAUUAGCAAGGGAGCUCCCAGAGGAUCAACAGGACAUCCCUAUGGAAAUUGUUUAA